UUCCCGGCGGAGCAGAGCUGCGGCCGCCGUCACCUUCGCGGGUGUUGAGCCGGGAUUUGUGCGGUGCGGUUCCUGGGCUCCUAGCUUCAUGACUGCGCGGAGCGAGGAACCAACACCAUGCGAGCACAAAUUGAAGUAAUACCAUGCAAAAUUUGUGGUGAUAAAUCCUCGGGAAUACACUAUGGAGUCAUCACAUGUGAAGGCUGCAAGGGAUUCUUUCGGAGGAGCCAGCAGAACAAUGCAUCCUAUUCCUGUCCAAGACAGAGAAACUGUUUAAUUGACAGAACCAACAGAAAUCGCUGCCAGCACUGCCGACUGCAGAAAUGUCUCGCCCUGGGAAUGUCUCGAGAUGCUGUGAAAUUUGGAAGAAUGUCCAAAAAGCAGAGGGAUAGCUUGUAUGCUGAAGUGCAGAAGCACCAGCAGCGACUGCAGGAGCAGCGGCAGCAGCAGAGUGGUGAGGCAGAAGCUCUGGCCAGGGUUUACAGCAGCAGCAUCAGCAAUGGCUUGAACAAUCUGAAUAACGAAACUGGCAGCACCUACGCCAACGGGCACGUCAUCGACCUGCCCAAGUCUGAGGGCUACUACAACGUGGAUUCUGCCCAGCCCUCCCCAGACCAGUCUGGGUUAGACAUGACUGGAAUCAAACAGAUAAAGCAGGAACCUAUCUAUGACCUCACCUCUGUACCAAACUUGUUUACCUAUAGCUCUUUCAACAGCGGGCAGUUAGCUCCAGGGAUAUCCAUGAGCGAAAUCGACCGAAUUGCACAGAAUAUCAUUAAGUCUCAUUUGGAGACAUGUCAAUAUACGAUGGAGGAAUUACAUCAGCUAGCGUGGCAGACCCACACAUAUGAAGAAAUAAAGGUUUACCAGAGCAAGACAAGAGAAGCUCUGUGGCAGCAGUGUGCCAUUCAGAUCACCCAUGCUAUCCAGUAUGUGGUGGAGUUUGCAAAGCGCAUAACAGGCUUCAUGGAGCUCUGCCAGAAUGACCAAAUUCUCCUUCUUAAGUCAGGCUGCUUGGAAGUGGUUUUGGUGAGAAUGUGCCGUGCCUUCAACCCGCUUAACAAUACUGUUCUGUUUGAAGGAAAGUAUGGAGGGAUGCAAAUGUUUAAAGCUUUGGGUUCUGAUGAUCUGGUAAAUGAAGCAUUUGACUUUGCAAAGAAUUUGUGUUCCUUACAGCUGACUGAGGAGGAGAUUGCCUUGUUUUCAUCUGCUGUUCUGAUAUCACCAGAUCGAGCCUGGUUAAUAGAGCCAAGGAAGGUCCAGAAGCUUCAGGAAAAGAUUUACUUUGCACUUCAACAUGUUAUUCAGAAGAACCACCUCGACGAGGAGACAUUGACAAAGUUAAUAGCCAAGAUACCAACAAUUACUGCACUUUGCAACUUGCACGGAGAGAAACUGCAGGUAUUUAAGCAAUCUCAUCCAGACAUAGUGAACACACUCUUUCCUCCAUUAUACAAGGAGCUUUUCAAUCCAGACUCAACCACUGGCUGCAAGUGAAGGGGAUAAUAGAAUUUUCACGUAGUCAUGGAAUGCAUCACUAGUAAGACAAAGAGAAAUGUUUUCAUGAAGAAAUUAUUAAAAAUGUCACUACUGCAACACUAGGAAUGUCCUGCACUUAAUAGAAUUAUUUUUCACCGCUACAGUUUGAAGAAUGUAAAUAUGCAACUCUGAGUGGGGAUGUCUUUUUUCUCUUUUGUUUACUUUUCUUUUUUCUUUUUUUUUCAUUUUUGAACUGACAAUGAAUAUAAAAAUAUAGGACACUGGGUGUUACCUUUUUUUUUAAUUUACUUUUAUUGGGGGAUGUUUUGGGAGACAAAUGUUCCUAGAAUUUUAUUGUAGAUAUACAUGAUAAUAGAGCAGUACUUUGCAGUAUUACUCUUGCUGUUUAUUGUUAAAAUAUAAUUUAAGAAAAUUCCACCUAUUAGACUGCCUAGUUCUAUGUUUUUAGAUAGUUUAAUGCAUGUGGAAAUUUGUAGCUGUCUUGGAAAUUAUGGUGCAUAUAUGGAAGACACACACUCUCACAUAUAUACAUAUAUACAUAUAUAUAUAUAUAUAUGUGUGUGUAUGUAUGUAUGUAUAUAUGUAUGUAUGCAUUAUAUGCAUACAUGCUGUAACUUAAAAUCACAUGCCUACAUUUAAAGGAUGCUCAACCCAGCUGUCAUGUAUUUCUUACCCUCCAAGUAAUGUAUUAGGUUUACUUUGGGCAAUCAAGAUUUGCUUUGCCAGAGUUAAAUUGUCAGCUGCCAAUGUGUAAUGACAGGAUCACUUCUGACAUGUGUGUAAUGUAGUGCAUGUGUGCUGUGUGUAAAUCAAACAUCAGGAAUGUAUCAAUGGUGCAAAAGCCUUGUCUGGAUGGUUUUAGUGAAAAGAGGAGUAGGAUUGGGUUUUUUUUUUAUUUUCUCACUGUUACAGGGAUAGAACAUAUAUAAAAGUGAACAUAGUAGGACCUGAUCUCAGUAAAGUAUCUGAAACAUGGAGUAAAAAUGUAGACAAUCCCAUAUGUACAUUUUUGUGAUUUCACGCAGGAUUUUGUUUUAUAUAUACUGCUUUGAAAAGUAGCUUCAAGUCUUGGUUUGUUUUUUGCUGAACUCAUUAGAAGGAUAGGUAGCAAGCUCAGUGAAAACCAUGGCAAGCCUAAAAUAUAUCUCUGAAGAGGAAGGAAAGGAGGGAAGGGGGAAGAAAGUCAAAAGUGAGUGAAGUCCAUGGUUACUGCAAACAACAGUGUAAUUGUCACUGUUUCUGAGUGCCAUCAUCUACAUGGGACGUAUCUACAUGAUGGUUUCCUUUACACUCAUACAUCUGUGUGUGUUUUAAACACACGCAUAUAUGUAUGUAUAUAUCUGUAUGUAUAUAACUGUAUAUAUAUAUAUGCAUAUAUAGGAUUUAUUUUAGAUGCAUUUCAGGAGUGGAGCAAAGGAUUGGAGCUUUCUUUUUGUCUGUCUCUGAAUUGACUGUACGUGCAUUUGCUUGUAAAACCAAAGGCAAACACGAAGGGGAGUGGAAGGCUGCCAUGGAAUUAAUCUUGUGGAUUAAUUAAGUUUAAUCAGCAGUCAUUAUUAAUGUAUCUGCAUUCUGCCAGCAGUACAAAAGACAGAUGUUUUAGCUUUGAAAGAGGGAUUCAGUUUCUGCUACAUCUCUCUUUACCACCACUUUUACCCAUUGUGAACUUUUUCAGAGCAGUCCCCUCCUGGGAUGCCAGCGAAGGGCAUAGAGCAGAAAUCAGCAGAGGCAGGCAGUAGAGAAAAAAGGAAGUGAAGGCAGGAUCACAAGCAGAUGUGUUUCUUUAUUUCAAACCACACAGAAGCCAGUGCAAUCUGAGGCAAGGCAAGGGGAAGCACGAAGGACCUGCCCAUUUGCAGGCUCAUGGAAGGGCAGUGUCACAGGGAGCCCACAGUGACACAGGUGGGCCCUGGGGUGGGUGAAGAAAAUCAAUCUGUGUUAUUCACAAGGCAUAACUUAAUGCCCUGUGCAGCUCUGGUCUCAAGCCUCUCUUUUCUUCAUGAGCAGAUAAUUCACAGGCUAUUUCAAGUACUUUGAGGAGCUCUCCCCUGCCUUCCAUCAGUCAGUUUGCAAGUUUGCAUAUGUAUUUUGUGGCAGAAUCAAGUCUAGAGAAUAUCACAAUUUGUUUGUUCUGUUUUAGCAAUGUCAGAACAAGUGCAAGAGUAGUUACAAACUCUCAGCUAAUACAUGUUUUUGCGCAGGUCCAUUACAACUUAGAAAAAAGAAAAAUCUGUCCAGCAAAUUUUGUUGUGAGAUUUUUGUUGCAAAUAUGACAUACUCUUCAAAAUUGCUUAAUGCUAUAGAACAGCAGUUACUAAAGUUACCUUUUUUACUCCAAAAUCAGAGGACAUUUCUCUAGUGACUACCAUAAAAUGUCUUCAAUUAACAUAAUAAAGCAUUUUUCUUGAUGCUUACUAACACCACUCUAAAUGUAAGACUGACAUUCCUUUAAAAGGUGAUUUACCUGCUUGCAGCCCUUUUUGUAUGGCAAAUCCAAGAAAAGGAUCCCAAAUUUCAAGUAUGUGUAUGUCAAAACUUAAUGUCUACGUACGAUUUGUGUAGAUUUAUUGGGAAAAAAUUGAGUCAUACUGAAUUCUAGAAGUGCUCAGUCUUAAUUGCAGGGGAUUCAUGUUUUUCUUGAUUUCCCAACACAAGAACACACAUACACUGUUUGAAAUAUUUUAUAAAUUCAUUUACAGUAUAUCAAAGUAUAUAUUUAGCCAACCCCUAGAAAUACAGAAUAAGUGAUUAAUACUACUGUUCAUAGUGCUGCUUAAUAAAGAGGUUUGUCGUGUUUAUAAAUAGUCCUUCACAACUGUGUGUUACAUCUUGAAAAUGUUGUUUUCCUCUCUAAUAAUUGCUAAUUGCUCCUUGGGAUUUUUGAAUUACUUCUCAGGCAAGAUAACUGAAUGGAGGUCACCAGUGAAAAUGACACUACUCAUUAUCUGCAGGGCCUUUAAUCUUUAAAGCACUAUUCUUAUAUCACUGCAAUGUCAUGACCUUUCCAAUCAGUAAUGGUUAUGAUCACAUUUUAAAGAUGAGGAAAUAAAAGAAAAAAGGUUAAGUAACUUGUGAGAGACCACAAAGGUAGAAAUACCCAGUUUAGAAAUAAAAGUGGAUUCUUGGCUUUUGUCCUAAAAUUUCUAAUACUCUGCCAUACAAUAUCCUCGUUGUCACUGACAGGCAAU